AUGGCAGAUUUGGGAUCGCAGCAGGGCCGGAGUUUCCGGCCCAGUCCAUAUGGACAAUCUUCGAACUUUCAGCGCGAUGCUGCGUUUUCUGACAUCUUCGGAUCAGCUCCACAGGGCCGGGCACAAACAAUGACUGCGCAGACCCCUCACUUGCCGACGGAACGAGCGCAUACCAUGAGUUCUCACAUUGCACAACCCCAGAUGCCGCAGAGGAUGCCAGCACCGGGUCGCCAAAUGCCCGCAGGUCCUGGACAGUCUGUUCCAAACGGUUACGGAAACCCUCACAUGAAUGGUGGUAACAUAUCUUCGCACGCCCCUCAAAACUAUCCUCGUCAGUAUCAACGAGGUUCCGCAUAUCCCCUACCUCAGCGGGUCGACACCAGACCUAAUCAGAUCCCGCAAUAUUCCAAUGCAAAAAUGCCGGCUCCUCAGGGUCGCCCUGCGCCUCCACCGGCUCUGAAUACAGAUGCUUAUCGCUCACGAUCAAUGGCCGGAGUCCCAAGGAUGAGCGCAGCUCCUGUAUAUGCACAGCCUCCAAAUAGCUUUAACCACGCCUCUGCACAUGCCAUCCGUCAUCAACAGUAUAACGCUCCUGCGGCAAGAACACCUCAAGGCCGAACAGUCCCAGAAAGACACGAUGAUGCUCGAACAAUGUCCUUGAGCUCUUACUCGUCACACCUUGACUACGCUCAGACGCCGUACGGUCGAACAGUUCCUGUGAGGCGACCCCCUUCGGGCCCCGAUCAAAUACCCUCACAGUUGCUACCAGCGCCAGUACAAGCGCAAGUUCAAUCUCAAACACCUACUAUUGUAGAGCAACAGACUCUCGACGGUGAAGGCCCUCGUCAGCGUCGCCCUAGCGAAACCUCACUCACAUCUCGCACCAUGUCAAUGGCAUCCACCCUUACUCCUGACCGAACCAUGAGUUUGCAGAGCAAGUCCGUGCAAAAAUCAAAUAGCCAGUCGACUCAAUCUACGGCCGCAACAGCAGUAGCACAAAGACCUGUCCGAAAGCCCUUGGUUUAUCCGGCCAUGCUUGCUCGUGUCGCUGAUGUUUUCCGUGAGAGAAUACCAUUAGGCGAACGCCAGAAGAACGGCUUGUCGUAUCAGAAUGCUUUCUCGGGCGCAGAGGCUGUUGAUUUGAUUGCCUAUAUUAUCAGGACACAAGAUCGGAACCUCGCAUUGUUACUUGGUCGUGCGCUCGAUGCACAAAAAUUCUUCCAUGACGUUACAUACGACCAUCGUCUUCGAGACUCCCCGGUGGAACUCUACCAAUUUAAAGAAACCAUGACCGAAGAGACACCAAGCUCUGAAGUUAACGGGGUAUUUACCCUAUUGACGGAGUGUUACUCUCCAACUUGUACACGUGACAACCUUUGUUAUUCCAUUGCUUGCCCUCGGCGGCUUGAGCAGCAAGCCCGCCUAAAUCUGAAACCACAACCUGGCUUGCAUCAUUCCUCUUCGAAAGGAAGUCUACACGCUGAUGAUGACAAUGACGAUCAAAAGUUGUGGAUAAAUAUGGUUCCCAAGGAGGUCGCCGAUACUAUCGAUGACCGAGAGAAGAAACGGCAAGAGAUCAUUUUCGAGAUGAUGUAUACCGAACGAGAUUUCGUUAAGGAUCUCGAAUACCUACGAGACUUUUGGAUGAGGCCUCUGCGCUCUGCUGGUAAUACAAGCUUGUCGCCGAUUCCCGAGCAUAGACGUGAAAAAUUUAUCAGGACCGUUUUUGGGAACUGUUUGGAGGUUCUCAAAGUCAAUUCUGGUCUUUGCGAGGCCCUCAAUUCUCGGCAGAAGGAAAAUCAUGUUGUGCGAACUAUUGGCGACAUUUUCUUACAGCACGUCCCACGUUUUGAUCCAUUUAUUAAAUAUGGUGCCAAUCAACUGUACGGCAAGUAUGAGUUUGAGAAAGAGAAGGCUUCCAAUCCUGCUUUCGCUCGUUUCGUUGAAGAAACAGAACGCUUAAAAGAGUCUCGGAAACUGGAAUUGAAUGGUUAUUUAACCAAGCCAACGACACGUCUUGCCAGAUAUCCUCUUCUUCUCGAACAGGUCAACAAAUACACAGCCGACGAGAGCUCCGACAAACAGGAUAUUCCUAAAGCAAUUGGUAUAAUUAAAGAUUUCCUUUCGAGAGUGAACACGGAGAGUGGUAAAUCUGAGAACCACUUCAAUCUAGUCCAACUAAAUGCUGCUUUGAAAUUCAACCCGGGUGACUACGUGGACCUCAAACUCACAGAAGAGAAUCGGCAAAUGCUUUCUAAAAUGGCGUUCAAGAAGACUUCAACCGAUAGUUCUGAAGUCACGGCGUACCUUUUCGACCACGCUGUGUUACUUGUUCGUAUUAAAGCAGUGAACAAACGAGAAGAGUACCGAGUGUACAGGAAGCCGAUACCACUGGAAUUGUUGGUGAUCGCUCAGAUGGACGAGGUCAUUCCUAAGCUCGGGCUAGCAAAGAGGUCAUCUUCUAGUUUGAUCCCUAGCAAGGCAGCCGUCAUCAAUGCCCCCGUUCCUAAAGAAGGCCUGCCCAUCACCUUCAAACAUCUUGGUAAAGGCGGUUACGAACUCACCCUUUUUGCCACCACUCAGACUCAACGAAGAAAGUUCAUCGAACUGGUUGAAGAGCAACAAAGGAAACUUAGAGAACGCAACAGCAACUUCUAUUCUAAGACAAUACUCAGUGAGAGUUUCUUCACUACGGCCAAUCGUGUUAACUGUUUAGUUCCUACCGAUGGCGGUAGAAAGCUGAUUAUCGGAACCGAUAAUGGUAUCUACUUGGCCGACCGAUGGCCGAAGGACAAGAGCGCAAAACCACGGCGUAUUCUCGAUGCCACAGCGGUGACUCAGAUUGAUACGUUGGAAGAAUACCAGCUGGUCUUGGUUCUAGCCAACAAAACCCUGAGUUCGUAUCCGCUAGAGGCGCUUGAAGUAAAUGAAGGCCAAAACCCAUUGGCCCGUCGACCAAAGAAGAUUCAAGGUCAUACCAAUUUUUUCAAAGUUGGUAUCGGCCUGGGACGUCAUCUUGUCUGCUCUGUCAAGACUUCUGCGCUAUCGACAACUAUCAAGGUGUAUGAACCUAUGGAGAAUCUGGCUAGAGGAGGUAGGAAACCGGCCUUGGGCAAGAUGUUCCGAGGUGGGCAAGAUACUCUGAAGCCCUUCAAGGAAUACUAUAUUCCUGCCGAAUCUUCAUCUGUCCAUUUUCUUCGGUCAACACUAUGCGUCGGGUGCGCCAGAGGUUUCGAAGUCGUUAGUUUGGAAACUACAGAAAGCCAGUCUCUUCUUGACCAAGCAGAUACCUCUUUGGAUUUUGUUGCGCGGAAAGAAAAUGUCAAGCCGAUUCAUAUUGAACGUAUGAAUGGUGAAUUCCUUCUGAACUACAGCGAUUUUUCAUUUUUCGUCAAUCGAAAUGGAUGGCGAGCACGGCCUGACUGGAGAAUUUCCUGGGAAGGAACGCCGAAUGCUUUUGCGUUGUCGUAUCCAUACAUUUUAGCCUUUGAGCCCAACUUCAUUGAGAUUCGACAUAUCGAAACGAGCGAACUUAUUCAUAUCAUGACUGGAAAGAACAUUCGAAUGUUACAUUCGUCCACACGAGAGAUUCUUUAUGCCUAUGAAGAUGAAGAAGGGGAAGAUGUGGUGGCUAGUUUAGAUUUCUGGAACCGGCCACGAUAA